AUGCACUCCAGGCUGGACGUUUAUGUUGUCGGUGGAACACGGACUUCUCAAACAAGAGGAAUUGUCACGCUCAACCUUCAAUCAAGGUAUAGUCCACUCACAGUGACAAUUUCAGCUCACGUGUUGAAGACAGUUACCACCAUCCUGCCGGCCAUGAAGACUCAACAGGAACCCGAAUGGCCACACCUGAAGAGUUUAAAGCUCGCUGAUCCAGAGUUUCUCGUUCCAAGGGCAGUAGAGGUUAUAAUCGGAGAAGACUUCUACGGCCAACUCAUCAGACCUAAUAUCAUUAGGCACUCAGAAAGAACUCCUAUUGCUCAAUUGUCAAUCUUUGGGUGGCUGGUCAUAGGCCCCAUUCAAGCAUCGGUCUCACUUGCAAGGACAACUCAUCAUGGCAGCUCCCAGGCAUCAAACUUAUCCUUGCAAGAGUUGUUGACACGGUUUUGGGUCCAGGAAGAACCUCCAUCAUCGGACAACUCAUCUCUCACUCCUGAGGAACAGGAGUGUGAGCUCCACCUCAAGACCACUCACUCAAGGGACUCAACAGGGCGCUACAUCGUCAGGAUGUCGCUCAAAUCGCCCCUAACAGUCCUGGGAGAUUCUUAUCAGACAGCUCAUCGAUCGCUCCAACGAAUUCUCAGGCGACUUGGCAGAGACACUAAGUACGACCGAUUGUACACUCAGUUCAUGCGAGAGUAUGAACAAGCUCAGCACAUGCUCAAGCUCGAUGGCAAGAACUCUCAAGGAACGCUCAUUGGAGGUAUGUGCCUGGCACAUCAAACCCAGCUGACUGUGCAUCGCGUGGGAUAA